GCUUGUGCUGUAUAUACAGUGUGCUAGAGCGCGCGUGGUUCCUUUGCAAAAAUUCAAUCUUCCUACAGCUCGGGACCGUCCGCGAGGCAGCGAAUAUCAGUCUAGUUUACUCGCUUUUCGCGGCGUGACUCUCGGUGUGAUUGCUGGUGCUGGUGUGGUGCUCCUCUCCGGAUCCGGACGACGGAAGAAAGCUCGUGUGUCGUCGGUGCAAAAAUCGGCUGAUUGCCACUUCCGGUGCGCGGUUUGCCAUUUCGUCGUGUCCCCUAAAGGAUUUCGUCAUCGUUUACCGCGAGGCCCCCACGAGAAAUAUUGCGUUUGUUCUAGCUACCUACCAUUCGCGUGACCUUUUCCGCACCGUGUGUGAGUGUGAACGAACCAACAGUGGGAAAUUCGAUUUAUCGCUGUGUUUUAUAAUCACCGCGAGCAAACGUGAAAGAAGGUGUUUGAGCCAGUACCAUAUCCGGUCGUAAUCGGAAAUAUCCCAGAAGCAAGAGUACAGAAAAAUGUCUCAGGUGAUAAUGAAUGGGAAUGGCAAUCACAGCACCCUGGCAAACAACCACAAGGAGAUGCACCAGCGCUGUCUGAAUCCGUACCGCUCGAAGGUGACGGUGGUCCUCGGGGCCCAGUGGGGAGACGAGGGCAAGGGCAAAGUGGUCGACAUGCUGGCCACCGAAGCGGACGUCGUCUGUCGCUGCCAGGGAGGAAACAACGCAGGACACACCGUCGUAGUCAACGGAAAGGAUUUCGACUUCCACCUGCUGCCCAGUGGAAUCAUCAAUGAAAAGUGCACAUCAAUUAUCGGAAAUGGCGUCGUCAUCCAUCUGCCCGGUCUGUUCGACGAGUUGGCCAAAAAUGAAGCCAAGGGUCUCACCGAUUGGCAGUCCCGGCUGGUCAUUUCCAACCGUGCCCAUCUGGUGUUCGAUCUGCACCAGCAGGUGGACGGUAUGCAGGAAGCCGAGAAGGGAGGAAAAUCACUGGGAACCACCAAGAAGGGCAUUGGCCCGUGCUACUCGAGCAAAGCCACCCGCAACGGAAUUCGAGUGUCGGACCUGUUGGGAGACUUCAAGGUAUUCAGCGAAAAGUUUGAAUCACUAGUCAACAUGUACAAGAGGCUUUUCCCCAAUUUUGAAGUUGAUGUUGCUGCUGAACUAGCCAGAUACCGCGACUACGCCGAGCGGUUACGGCCGAUGGUACGCGAUACCGUUUCGCUGGUGCACGCGUCGCUCAAGGACGGCAAAAGCGUCCUGGUGGAAGGUGCCAAUGCCGCUAUGCUGGACAUUGAUUUUGGUACCUACCCGUACGUUACUAGCAGCAAUUGCAGCAUCGGUGGAGUGCUUACCGGUUUGGGACUGCCCCCGCAAACCAUCGGCGAAGUUGUCGGUGUAGUGAAAGCCUACACUACCCGUGUCGGUGACGGACCGUUCCCAACUGAGCUACACGAUGAAAUCGGAUCAUUGCUGCAGACCCGCGGUGGUGAGAUCGGUGUGACUACAAAGCGAGUGCGCCGUUGUGGCUGGUUGGAUUUGGCACUGCUCCGGUAUACUGGUAUGGUCAAUGGCUACACCUCGAUUUGCCUGACCAAGCUGGACAUUCUGGACACGCUUAAGGAGAUCAAGGUCGCUGUAAGUUACAACCUGCGCGGCGAGAAGAUCGAUUACUUCCCCGGCUCGGUAACCGACCUGGCCCAGGUCGAAGUCAACUACAUUACCAUGCCGGGCUGGCUCAAGUCGACGGAGAACGUGCGCGACUUCAACGAACUGCCUCCGGAGGCACAGGACUACGUCCGGAUGAUCGAGAACGAGCUGGGCGUGCCGGUCAAAUGGAUCGGCGUCGGCAAGGGCCGUGAGUCGAUCAUCAACGUGGAGGAAUAGUUUUAGGUCCGGACGUGCAUGGCCUAUAAUCCACAUUGUUGUAAGUCCUCGUUGUCUGUUUGUAUGUUUGUGUGUAUGUGAUGAAACCGAAAAAAAGGAAAUAACAAGACAUCCUAAGCCGCUACUUAGAUAUGGGAGCAUAGCAAUAGGUUUUUAUCUUAAGAUUAGUUGCUAACGUGCAGAAGAAAUGGAAAACACCAAAUCAAUUAUUAUCGAUGUCAAGUAUUCGAAAGCAUGUAAUGUUUUUCGAACAAUAUGUAUGUGCUUAGAUUUGGCCUGCGGCUUCAAGCUGUUCCAGGCCUAGCUGAAAUAAUGUGUCUAAGAAAUAAUACAUACAUAACUGCUCAUGAAAAUGGUUCACAGUUGCGAUACAAAGACCUAAACCAGUGAUGAUAAUUUUUGUCAUAGCCAUGAGGCCCCUGUGCCGGAAUUGCAGAUACUUAACUAACUAUUACGUUAUUAGUUUUAGUCCAGUUGACCGCACAAAAGGGUUGAAAACCUAUUGCGAGAAAAUCAAACUACAGUUAACUGUUGAAACAGAUUUUAGAUAGGAUGUACACACACAGAAAACAAUUCUAACCAAAUUAUAAAACAAAACAUUUUGUUCACACACCCGUGAUUAUUGCUCCCAAAAAUUGCGAUUGAAGACAGCAGGGCGCAAUCUUAUCCAGCUUCAGGAAGAAAAAGCUUGCAGCACACGGCUUCACAUACAAGCGUAUACGGGAAAAAACGCUGCGCAUGUUCUCAGUUCCGAACGAUCUUUGCCAUUUAGUCGCCCGAGAGUUAUUAAUAUUCAUUAAGUUCUCCAACUUACUUAUUUUUUUUCAAUUCUUACCAAAUGUUUAAAUUUUAGCCGGUAAAAGACGCAAAAUUAAAUGUGGUUUUAUUUUUCCUGCGUUCUAAUGGUAAUGUACAUGUUAAAUUUAUGUUAAAUGCCUUUGUAAUAUAGUGAUUCUACUAUUUUAAAAUGAAA